AGGUGGAAUAGAGCUUUAUUACGACAAGGCCCGAGAGUUUUGGAGGACCUUUCGAAUGAGAUUUCCCCAUGCGAAAAGGGUGGUUGUUAACAGCAAUAGGGAAAAGAGGUACGAGAGAUAUCAAAACGAUGAGCCUAUUGCAUAUGCUCUAAAGAUACUUGUCGAGACAUGCCCAGUUGACCUGGAGAUUUCGGUUUUUGUACUGGUAGAGAUAAUCGUCUUAUAGAUAAUGGUAAAUGGAGGAAACUUGCGUCUAAGUUUGAACGCAAGACCGUUCUUAUGCCUCGUAGGAGAUUUAAUGGGCUGGCUGGUAAAUUCAACAGACUGCUCCAUGAAGAAGAGACGAAUCAAUUACAACUUACAGGCCUUGGGGUAGUCGCAAUCGAGGCUUUCGAUCGACAAUACUUUAGCAAGGAAAAUCCCGAGCCAUUUCGUUGCCCUACGGGUCAAUGCGAAGUCUACUUAGAAAAGGCUGGGCAGUGGACGCAGCAUGCUUGUGAGAGACAUGGGGCCGACUUGUAUAUGAAACAACCUGAGAUUCUACCUUCCACAUUACCACAUGUUUUCGAAGAACGUAAAAACAGUCUGAUAAAAGGGAGGGGAGCGCGACUAAGGGAAUUCAGAAAGAUCCAUAAUGAUUGGAAUGAGGAAGGGGGUAAGAAGAGACAGGAGCUAGAGCGGGGUUGGAUUCAUCAGUUGGAUAACGACGAGACAUGGAACACAGGGGUAAAGGGAGAAGAUAGUAAGCUCUGGGAAAAUUUCAUUUGGAUGAUGGGUUUUCCAACUUCAUGUAUAGAAUAGAUACUAACUAGAGGCUGGAUAUCUUUAUAUGGAGCUAUAAUAUUAUCUCCUCACAUGUUAUAGC